AUGGCAUACAACAGACCUUACGAUCCGGAUGCCCUGCCAAGAUUUGCCGAGCCCGAGCCCAAGGGUGGCCAGGCUACUUCCCCGGCGAGCUCCAAACCGGCGGCUCAGCGAUAUGAAUCCAAGCCGCCGCCGCCGGUGCCUCAGAACCAGCAUCAGCAACACCAACAGCAGCAGCAUCAGCAGCACCAACAGCAGCAGCAUCAGCAACACCAACAGCAGCAGCAUCAGCAGCACCAACAGCAGCAGCACCAACAGCACCAACAGCAGCAGCAUCAGCAACACCAACAGCAGCAGCAUCAGCAGCAACACCAACCACAGCACCCUCCUCCGCCUUCGCAGAAGAAGCCGUCAUACUCCAAGCCGCCGUCCUUUUCGCACGGCUCGUCGCCAUACGGCUCCGGUUCUCCGCCGCGUCCUCCCGCGCAGUCUCAGGGCGGCCACCCGCAGCAGCAGGGCUCCCGACCGCCGCUCUCGCCGGCGCUAGGCGGCAGUUCGGGCGCGGACCCGACCCUCCUGCCGCUCUUCCGAACGGUCGACAAGGACGGCACGGGUCAGCUCUCGGAAAGGGAGCUCUCGACUGCGCUCGUCAACGGCGACUGGACCGCCUUCGACAUUCAUACGGUCCGGAUGAUGAUUCGCAUGUUCGACUCGGAUCGCAACGGCACCAUCAACUUUGACGAGUUCUGCGGUCUCUGGUCCUUUCUCUCCUCCUGGCGCACCCUCUUCGACCGCUUCGACGUCGAUCGCAGCGGCAACAUCUCCAUGACCGAGUUCUCGGACGCCCUCGUCGCUUUUCGCUACCGCCUCAGCCCCCAGUUCGUCGAGCUGCUCUUCCGCACCUACGACAAACGGCGCGAAGGCGUCAUGAGCUUCGACCUCUUCGUUCAGAGUUGCAUCUCCCUCAAGCGCAUGACUGACAUCUUCAAGAAGUACGACGCCGACCGGGACGGCUUCAUCACCCUCAGCUUCGAGGACUUUUUGAGCGAGAUUCUGAAGCAACUUCAGUAG